UGAGGAAUUGAGUACAGGAGAUGGUAGGUGUAAGGGCCUUUGAAAUUUGCAAGGCCGAUCGAUCUGAUCUUGUGUAUGCGAUGUUCACUGCCAUGACGGUUCAAGACAACCCAGGCAGAAUGUUUCGCGCCGUAGUGCAUAAGCCGUUUUCAAGAAAGUGUUGGUACAGAGUUUUUGUUGUGUCAUGUUUCAUUCAGUCUGGAUUCAACUACGCGGGUAAGUUCCAUGAUAAGUGUAUCGGUUCAUGUUUCGUGCCGCCGAGUCGCCGUAGCACAUUGAUCUUGUCGGGCGGAAUUGCAUUACCUUCACUGAUUUUGAAAGCCUCGCACGCCGCACAGAAUGUAGACGAACACUCGUUGUUGAUACCGUUAUUUUGGAGCCGCGGCGCGUUUUAUCGACGACGCCUAGUGGCGACUUCGAGUUGUGUCCCCGUGGGUCUCGAUAUGUAGGUCGCGAUGCAAAAUGCCAGAACGCGCCCAGACAUCGAGUGUCUGGGGAAUGUGAGAGGGCGCCUGAGAUGUCCACAAUGCUUAGGACUCGAGGUUGGUCUUGGGGCACGAGGCCGAGUGCAUGCCGCGCGAUUGCGGAUUUGAGUUUUACAGUCGAAGGGCAGUCGUUUCAAAGCGUGCUGGACACGGGAAGCCCUUUUGCGCUGGUCGGCACAUGCGUUGGACGACGAAAGCAGAUUGGCCGGUGCAGCGGCUAUUGUGACAGGUAUGGGUGCGCAUCCGGUAGCAUCGGAACAUAUUCGGGGCUUGACGACAACACAAUCGUUUUCUCUGGGGCCAGGGUCGACGCAGCGUGGCGGAGAGGGCAAGUUUGCGUUGGAGCGGCGUGCCUCCAAGGCAUCACCUUCGGAGUAGUUGGUGAUACACAGAGCUUUGGAGGCAAUGCGGGAGGGCAGAACUUUGGCCUCAUCAGGACGGCCAACCUUGGAGACAAAGACAUUCGACCAACGUUUUUGAGCCAGACGCCUUUCAAUUCAUUCGUCGUCGAUUUACGUGAGACAGGUAAUGAAUGCUUGCAGCUUAUGCAGUCGCUACCGCUGAAGAACAAUUCGGUAAAGCUUUCGCUGGUUGACUUGAGAGAGUACGGCGCGCCAGUCGUAUAUUACGCUGUUCGCGUAAGGGCGUUAGUUUUUGAUGGCGUCGAUGUCUUGGCGGGCGACACGGUCGUUGCAGUUUUGGACACAGGAACCACAGGGCUGCUCCUCACAGAAGCAUUGUUCGAUCAAUACGAUGAUGUUCGCAGGGCGACGGCUCAGAGAGGCCUUCCCUUUGGGAACGUUGAAGUUACUUUAGGAGAUUCGGCUGACUCGGAGAUUCGAUUAUCUCUGAGGAGGAAAGACAGCCCAGCGUAUGGCGGAGCAAAAUUCGAUGUGGUAACGUCCAUACCAGAAGAAGGAGGCAGCAUCUAUUACAGAGCUGAGCAAGCAAACCCUACCAUUCGCAGGCCAUCCACCAUAUUUCUUGGAUUGGGGUUUCUGCUUGGCCAACGGAUUAGCAUUGACACGCAGCGCAUGCAGGUGCAAUUUGGUUGAGCAUGUUUGAAGCAUUUCUCUGAGACUCAUGCAUCAAAUCCUGCUGCCGGCGCCAAGCUGAGCUCUCCAGAGAAGUGACACAGCCUCUGGGAAGAAGCACAAAACACGUGGUGACGUACAUUGUUUAGCUCGUUGGCCCGAUGGAUCUUUGUCCGAAUCCGGUUGGCAGUGUUUGAGAGGUUGUGAUUGUGGGUCAAUUGGACAUGUGAUAUUCUUCCUCCUCCCUGUUUUCCUUCCCUUCGAAAUUGAGGAUCAGGUUGGGAGUUCAGGGACAGGAUUGCUGAGACUCUGUGGUGCUAUUGUGAGCCGUUCGAGAGGCAUCUGGAAGCCACGACAGGCGGAAAAACAACAUUGGAAGCCAACCGUAGACAGCCUGGACUCCAAACCUUGUGUUAUCGCGAUCUUGAUAUGCAUGUUGUUCGAUGCUUCGAAGUACCAUCAUGCUACAGGAGAGCUGUCUGGGGAGUUGAUUGGG